CGGGCAGGACUGGGUUGGGCUGCAGGACGAGCAGCGGUGGACGCUGUGCACGCUCGGUGCACGAAGCCUCCUGCAGCUGCUGGAUUCACACAGUAUGGUCCCUGACCCAAAGCAUGCUUUGGCUCAUUUUCCCACCCUGAGCCUUCGCACACAUGCUGGACACUUACAUGUGGACGCGGGGAGGACGAGGGACGUAGUCGCAAUGGAUUAAUGAGGUGUACACAUGGGCGUCGAUUUUUUUUUCUCUCUCCCUGAGAUCAUAGGCUUCUAAUCUAUUCCGCACCCUCUCUGCCUUGGCCAUGGAGAGCCAAGCAGCCGAGCCGCAGAACUAUGAAGACGUGCAGAAAAGCGGCUAUCUCCGCAAGCAUAAAUCAAUGCACCGGCGGUUCUUCGUGCUGAGGGCGGCCUCAGAGCAUGGUCCUGCUCGUCUGGAGUAUUACGAGAACGAGAAGAAAUUCCGCAGUAAAUCACCUGUGCCCAAAAAAGUCCUGAGCCUGGAGACUUGCUUCAACAUCAACAAGCGGGCAGAUUCCAAGAACAAGCACAUGAUCGUCCUUUAUACCCGCAGCGAGAGCUUUGCCAUCGCUGCAGACAGCGAGGAGGUCCAAGAUGAGUGGUACCAAGCGAUGCUGGACCUCCAGGGCAACUGUAAAACCCCUGAAGACUAUGGCAGUAGUGGAGAGUGUAGCUCUCCUUCUCCUGUUCCAACCGUCAAGGAAGUGUGGCAGGUCAAGGUCUGGCCUAAAGGUCUCGGGCAUGCCAGGAACCUAGUGGGCAUCUACCGGCUGUGCCUCACUGACAAGACAGUCAACUUUGUCAAACUUAACUCUGAUGUGGCAUCUGUGGUGUUGCAGCUGAUGAAUGUUCGCAGGUGUGGCCAUUCAGAGAACUUUUUCUUCAUUGAGGUGGGCCGCUCAGCGGUCACCGGCCCUGGAGAGUUCUGGAUGCAGGUGGAUGACUCUGUGGUGGCUCAGAACAUGCACGAGACGCUGCUGGAGGCCAUGAAGGCCCUAAGUGAGGAGUUCCGUCAGCGCAGCAAAUCCCAGUCUGUGGGGACGUCGUGUGGGGGUGGUACCGCUUCAAACCCCAUCAGUGUCCCGAGCCGGCGACAUCAUCCAAAUCUGCCACCGAGUCAGGUGGGCUUCUCCAGACGAGCCCGCACAGAGACCCCCGGAACAGGGGGCAGCAGCACGAGCACUUCACCUACGUCACGCCAUGGAUUCCCGAGGGCACGGACUGCCAGCAUCGGGGCCAGGUCGGAGGAGGGCGGAGCAAGUGCCAGAGGCACAUGGGCCAGCUCCAGCCCAAGUCUCAACGGUUCCUGCUCUACUACGCCGACACUGAGGCCCAAGCCCACCAGGGCCCCAACUCCGGCUAAGAUUACCCUCAGCCUUGCACGGUACACGCCUAAUCCUGCUCCCUCUCCUGUGCCGAGUCUGUCCUCCAGCUCUGGCCAUGGCUCAGAGUGCGGCCUAGUGGGGGCAGCAGUUGGAGGCAUGACGAUCUGCUCCUACCCUCGUGUUUCUCAGAGAGUUUCUGUUUCCGGGUCACCAAGCGACUACGGCUCCUCAGAUGAAUAUGGCUCCAGCCCUGGAGAACACUCUCUGCUCAUACCCAGUCUGUCCGGACAUCACGUUCAUGGAGAAGGCUCCUCCAGCUACAUCGUGAUGGGACAGCGAGAGGGCCUCCUCGGUUCCCAUCAUCGCUCGAAAGGCAGACGGAUUUUGCGCCGCUCGUCCACCAGGGAAUGUGAGGCGGAACGCAGACUAUUGAGCAAAAGAGCUUCCCUGCCUUUGGCCGCCCACGAACGACUGAUCCCACACAGGAAAGAUGAAGAUGACGAAGACGAGGAAGAAUAUGCCAUCAUGUCGCAGAGUGCUAAUCGAGAGAGGGCUGGCUCGGGGGGUUUGGCAGCCGGGGGUGGGCAGCUCGAUGCAGGAGGGAAGAAAAGAGGAAAGAGGGCUGAUAAAAGCAGGCGAGAAGUGGAAGGGGCAGCAGCCGUGGAGACUGGCUAUAUGUCAAUGCUGCCUGGAGUCACUUCUCCUGUUUCACUCUCUCUCUCCAUCGGCACAUCUGACGGCAGAGCUAAACCUGGGGCAGAUGAUGAGUACAUGGCCAUGACCCCUAAGAACAGUGAGUCCCCCCCUCAGCACCUCCGUCAGCCCAGCACAGAGGGCUACAUGGUCAUGUCUCCCAAAAGCAGCAGCUCCACGGACCUGCCCGGACUGGGCAUGUGGGAUAGCAGAGCCAGCGCUGAGAGCCGGGCUGCCAGUGACUACAUGAACAUCUCACCUGUCUGCAGCCGCUCUGCCUGCAACACGCCGCCUUUCCACCCCGAACAGCACCAACUGCAACCAAAAAUGUUCAAUUCCUACUUCUCCCUGCCAAGAGCUUACCAACACACCCUCUAUACUCGCUUUGAGGAGGACUUAAACAAAGGGGAGGGGAAAAAGGACGGUAGUGGGAAUGACGGUGCUGAAAGGGGAGUGGGAUACAGCAAGAGAAACACAAUUGCAGCAGGCUCUGCAGGAGGCUGUCAACUCUCCAUGUCUUCUUCCUCCUUCUCCUCUAGCUCAGCCAGCAGUGAGAGCCUGGAAGACAAGACCAUAUCAGCGGGGAAAGGGUUGAGUUUAGGAAGGACUGGAGCAGAGUACAAGUCUGCGGGAACAAGCGCAAAAGAUGGGCGCCAUCAUCAAAAACGUGGAUCGAGUAGUAAGAGCCCAAAGCAACAUAGAAGGGGUCGUCCGCUCAGCAUGCCUUCAGACAUUAUUAAAGCAAAUACCCUUCCCAGGGUGAAGGAGAAUCUGAUGCCAUCGGUGUCACAAAAUGUCGGUGAGUAUGUCAGCAUUGCGUUCAAGGAGGACAAUAAGUAUGAGAGAGGGCGGCGUUCGGUGUCUGAACGUGGACAACCUGUGAUCCAUGGAACCCUCCGGCCAUUCAAUCAACCCCUCCUCUGCCACGAUAAUCCCGCUAACCUUCCUCGCAGCUUCUCUGCUCCGCUGUCCACCUCAGCCGAAUACGUCAGCAUGGAUUUAGGGAAGACUUCGAGGCCCCUGACUCCUGCCAGAUCCACAUUCAGCACCCCACAGGGCCCACCGACUGUUGCGCCCAAGGCCCGGCACGAACACAGCACGUCCACUCCAACGGCAUCAGAGGGCAGAGCAAAGGUAAAGAUGGCGAUGCCAACAGACGCCCCGACUCCAUUCACGGACAACAAAGGUUCAGAUCCCAGCAUUUCAGCAAGACCUGCCAUCCGCUCUGGUCAACCCUCAUCCCUGGAGCAGGAGCCAGGCUCGGGUUUCUCCCCAGUCAAGUCCUACAAGUCUCCCGAGCGGAGCUGCAGAUUGACCCGAGGCGACUCGCAGGGACGGCAGAGCCGCCGUUCAGAGACAUUUAGCUCACCUCCCUCCCACCCACGCCAUCCCCCACCCUCUUCUACCGCCAUCCUCCCGGAGGGCAGCCAGGCGGCGAGCCAUCGGCAUGGUUUGGAUUGUUCACUGUGGGAGAACAGGCAGGCAGCUAGUUUACCUGCAUCACCUCCACAGCAAACCUCCCCCUCAUCUGCUGAACCGGGCCUUAACUAUAUUGACCUCGACCUGGCCACUAAGGAGAGCCCUCAAGCCGGAGUGGAGCGCACCUCUGCCGCCUACACCAUCGGAGGAAGCGCCGUGAGCAGCAGUGCUGCCUCCGGCAUCAACACCUAUGCCAGUAUUGAUUUCUACAAGUCAGAAGAACUGAGAGCACACCAGAACAGUAGAAAGGAUGGUCAAGAUUGUUGAUCUCCAACAGUCGGUGAGGGGACGGUCGGCUGCCGAUCUGUUGCCACAACACAGCUGGAAGACUCAUCCCCAUCCUGUCGGCUGUCUUCUGUCAACCAAAUGCGUGCCAAACACACACACACACACACACACAGAAACACACACACACACGCGGGAUUAACGGAAACGUUUUUUUUUGCCAUCAUUUGAACAGAAAUGACAUUUGAUCGCCUUUUAGCUUAAUACAGAUAAAGGAUGACAAUGUGAUAUGUGAUUGUGGGUGACUUCUCAGGUGGCCAUUCAGGCAAUAAAAUUGUCCAUCGGUGCAUCUUAAUUUAAAAUACACACUCUGAUUGGUGCAUGAGCCAAUCUUUUAAACUAUUGUAAAUCAAUCUCAGCUGCACUCUGGAGUGUUUAUUUAUUCAGUGCCAAACUUGAGCUUCAUGUUUUUAUAUAUCAUCCUUUGUCUGUGUGUAUUAAGUUAAAUGAUCAUCAAAUGUCAUUUUGACUGGAAAGGGAAGGAAACACCAAAUGGCAGGGUGUCAUACACUCACAGACGCUGUCACUGUUAACAUAUUUGAUUUAUUACAUACAGUUGCCCAAAAAAGUCUUUAUACCUCUUGACCACUUUUCUUGUGCUACUGCUUGACUUGUAAGUUACAAAUUGAAAAAGGUUAAAUGUGUAUUACAUAGGUUAUCAUAGGAUUACAAUUUCAUUUUUACACUACAGUCGACAUCACGCUGUUGUACACGGAGCUGAGCUUUAGGUUGCGGUUGAUGACACCAAUGGCUUUUUUUAUCCUUUAAAAAUAGUCUUGAUGUAAUUCAGUGUUUUCCUACACAGAACAACGUCCCAAUGCGCACUCACACAGGAUACAUCGUUAUACAGCCCCAACUUUGAUUAUGCAUAAACUAAUCAUAUCCUGUCACGUCCUGUGACUCAACCUCAAAUGCUGCUGGUAUUAAUAGUCAAUGUAUUUCAGUGGUAUUUUGGAUAUUUCAUUUAUAUGGCGGGGAUUUUAAGAACUGAAGUAGAAGUUAACCGAUAGUCUGUCAGCUCAGUGGGUAUUCUGCCCUCUUUAUAGAAUAUAUUCACUAAGUUACAUUAUAAAAUGAUUGUUUUUAUCUCAAAAUACAAGUGACUAACACUCAAAACUUUCUGUAACUGCAUUUAAAAGAAACAAUAGUUUCAUUGGAUCAAAGCAGGUGCAUAGACAAACAACAAUAUAUUUAUUCAAUAAUCACAGGAUGCAACAUUGCAUAAAAAUGGCCAAAUUAACAUAAUGUUCUUCUGCUAUGCAUGUAAACAGCCUAAUCAAAUAGGCUUCAAACGCGCAGUAAGGAUAAUAAUUAGAUUGUAUGUAUGUAAAUGUCCUCACUGAGAUGUGCUGAGGGGAACUGAUAACAGACUUGUUUGGGAGGAACGCUGAAUUUUAAAAGAAAAAAAUGUUUCAACAGCUUUGGGGCGUUUGGGGUCCAUUCUCAAAAUUUUAAUUUUAUGAAAAACUACAAUCUCACUCCCCACAUUUCUCAGUAUAAUAUAUGUACUAUUACAUUUACUAUAUUACUCUAGUCUUUAUUACUUUAUUUAUUAGGCCAAGCAUGAAUCUGAGAUGAGAAAAAGAUGCUCAAAAUACCCAUAUAUGAAGUCGUACAUAUACUUAUUAUAGGAUACAUUUGGCUGGAUAAUAAACAGUAUUAUAUUUUCUCUACUUGAAUUUUCAAGCUUCAGACGACUGUAUAAAUGACCACAUAAGAUUAUGAAGCACUUCGGGUUGAUGCAGACCAAAUAAAAUCUCAAAUUAUAACAUUUAAACCAUUUUGUAGCACAAAAAAAUAAAAAGUCAGUGUAAAUACUUUUUGGGCAACUGAGCUUUAUUAUAACUAUAUUAUACUAUACUACAGUGUACAAGUAGAAUGACAGAAACUAUAGUACAUGCUGUAGUCUGUUCUCCUCAUUUUCAUAACCUCUUACACACAAUUCUAAUAUAAAGUGACACAUUACAAUAGUAUAUAAAUUAUACAGUAUACAUAUAAUGAUUAAUACUAUAUAGCCUAGAUAACUAUUUACUCUUUUAUAAAGUGCCUCAUUUUUGAUUGUAGCUGUUUUUACACAGGUAAUCUUGAAAAUGGGUUGUGAAAAUGAAAAAUGAAAACAAGUGUUGUUUUCUCCUGAGCCUAAAUUGUGAGUAUGUUGAUCUUAACAGAAGAUAGACCGGACACUUAUAUUGAUAUCAGUCAGCCAUAAUCAAAUUGCCUUACUGUGUUUGAUCAGAAACAUGAAAGAAAGAAAAAAAAGUUACAUUUUUUGUUUGCAGUGCCUCACACUUCAGCCACAAUGUCAGCACUCCAUCGCUCUUUUGUUUGGCUCUGUCACGCUGAGGUUUGGCCAACAACAAAUAAAGAAGAAAAAGACCAUCUCUGACGCAUCCACUUCAGGCCAUACUUUAUAUUUUAUUUGUAACUGUCCACUACCAACCGGCCACUUGUUCAGCAUAAAAGUGGACGGCCUGUUGCAACGGGACCUUCCACCUGAAGAUGAUCCUCUGUGGACGGACACUGUGCAGCCGAUCGGUUGCAGGGAGAAAAAGUAACAAAUGCAUCUUGUACACGAGGAUUCUGCAUUGUAUAGAUUUUGAUGUAAAAUCAUAUUUUUAAUGACUUUCCCUGUUUUUACACCAAGAAGAAAUGAAUGCAGUUGCCAGUGUCUUGUAUAUAAAUAAGUUGUCCACUUCUUCCUCAAUAUAAUGCAGAAAAGGAAUCACUUGUAGUAGAUCUUGAACCCCGAAACAAUCAUGAAAUAAGGCGAUUGUAAGUCCUCAGAGCAGCCAGUACGGGUGUGUGGCUGCGGAGCGGGGCUGAGAGAGUGUCAACACGCUUGUGAACUGCUCUUAUGUGGAUGUGGAUUAUCUGGACGUGGAUUCAGUUCCCAGAUAAUGUGAAUCGGGCUACUUCCCUCUCCUCUUCUCGCUACACUCAAACACUGGACUUGGUUUAAGCUGCGAGACAGUGCCAUCCCUGCUCACCCUCACACUGCUUUCUCAUUCAUUCCAUUGAUAACAGUCUGCUGCUGUCAAACAAAUUGCCAAAAAAUGAGUCUGACAACAAUUCAAAAAGUCUACGAUAAAGAUAAUGUUCAGAGAGUAGACACACAGAAUCACCCAUGGAGCUGAUGCAAAAAAAAAAUGAAAAAAAGAAUACUCCCUUUUUCACUUGGACAGCCAAACUGGGCCAAAAGAUAAGUUUAAAUGUUUUUCUUAAGGUAGAGUGACUUGUAGUUGAUGGCUGGUUAUCCAAAGCCGCUGGUGGAGAGUUUGGCCAUGCUGUGACAUGUUGGACGUGUUGGUAUGCAACUAAAUUGCCUAAUGGACAUGGCGUUGCAAUGGUGUUGACCACCUCCCUCAUGCAGGGCUCUGGCUGUGUGUAUACAGGGUACAAUGAAGAAGGCUUUCUUGAUGUAUUUUUGAGACCGGUAGCUUUUCCCACAUUUAGAUAGAGUUUUUAUUUCACGAACCAAAUAAUGUUGCCCCUGUGGCCGAUAUUAAACGCUGAACUGCACUUGCAAGCUGAUACACGUCAAAUAAAAUGUGAGUGUUUUAAUCCUGGAGGUGAGAAGGUUGAGCUAUUUAUUCUGACCCGGCCCUCAACUCACAUCUGAGAGGACACUCAAGUGCCUGGCUGUGAUUUCUGGUUUCUGCUCAUUAUUCGGUUAUGUUUGAGUUUUUUGUAAUGCGUUGAUAGAAAUUCAAACCUGCUCCCGGAAAAAAAACAAAGUCUUCCACACACUUCUUUAGUAUUCAAUUCAACGCCUGGGCAGCAUUUCCUUUGCAAAGGAUGUGUUUCUGGUGCCAAAGUAUGUAUGUGUCUCUGAGCUUCACACUACAGACCUGUGACAAUAAUACAAAGUUUAAUUUGUUUGUUUUUUUACAAUUUCGUCCGGCACCUAUCAGUCACUGUUUCUAAUCCCAUGAGGUAAAACCUGUAUGUUGAUUGAGCACAGCCCACUACUGCCAACAGUUUGUGUUCAACACGGAGAACUUUAUUGCCAAACUCUUGUAUAACAAGUCAUUACAACUACAUGGACUAGUUCCACUUUUAUAACCUAUGUUACUCUUUUGUUAAAGUGACCUUUUAUAAUCUCUUUGUUAUUCCUUCAGUGUAACUAUUUGUAUUGGGGAUUACGGAGAUUCUCUGACUGUACCUCAUAAUCUCAAUUUCAGACGCAACAGUUGGCAGUAAAGCUCCUCAGAGAGUCUGAGACGGGUUCAGGACAUGACUGGCGUCAAAUAGGAGGAACGCAUGAAUAAAAGCUGUGGAUUCGGGUUCA